AUGCAGAUGCUCACUAAGUUCGAGUCCAAGUCGAAUCGCGUCAAGGGCAUCGCCUUCCACCCACGCCUUCCACUCUUGGCCUCGUCUCUCCACAACGGCUCAAUUCAGCUGUGGAACUACCAGACCGGCACCAUCUAUGACCGCCUCGAGGAGCACGAUGGCCCCGUUCGUGGCAUUUGUUUCCACCCCUCCCAACCUCUCCUUGUCAGUGGUGGUGAUGACUACAAAAUCAAAGUGUGGAACCACAAGACACGCAAGUGUCUCUUCACUCUCAACGGCCAUCUCGACUAUGUCCGCACCGUCUUCUUCCACCACGAGCACCCUUGGAUCCUCAGUGCCUCCGAUGAUCAGACCAUCCGCAUCUGGAACUGGCAGAGUCGCACCUGCAUCGCCAUCCUCACCGGCCACAACCACUACGUCAUGUGUGCACAGUUCCACCCCAAGGAGGACCUCAUCGUCUCGGCUUCCAUGGACCAGACCGUCCGCGUGUGGGACAUCAGCGGCCUGCGUAAGAAGAACACCUCGGCCCAGCCCAUGAGCAUCGAGGAGCAGAUUGCCCGCGCCAACAGCGGCCAGGCCGAUCUCUUUGGCAACACGGACGCCAUGGUCAAGUAUGUGCUCGAAGGCCACGACCGGGGUGUCAACUGGGCCUCGUUCCAUCCCACUUUACCUCUCAUCGUCUCGGCCGGCGACGAUCGCCAGAUCAAGCUGUGGAGGAUGUCAGAUACAAAAGCCUGGGAGGUUGACACAUGCCGCGGCCAUUUCAACAACGUCUCGUGCGCACUCUUCCACCCGCGCCACGAGCUCAUCAUCUCGGACGCCGAGGACAAGACCAUCCGUGUCUGGGACAUGGGCAAGCGAACCGCCGUUCAGACCUUCCGCCGAGAGAGCGACCGCUUCUGGGUGCUGACCGCCCACCCUACGCUCAACCUCUUCGCCGCCGGGCACGACAACGGUCUCAUCGUUUUCAAGCUCGAGCGUGAACGACCCGCUUUCUCCGUCCACCAAAACACGCUCUACUACAUCCGUGACAAGCAGGUCCGCUCGCUCGAUUACGCCACGGGCGCCGACCAUGCUCUGCUCAGUGUCAAGCGCCUCGGUAAUCAAUACGUGCCCCCACGCACGCUCAGCUUCAACCCGGCAGAACGCUCCGUCAUCGUCACCUCGGUCAACGCAGACCAGGGCACUUUUGACGUCGCUCCUCUGCCGCGUGAAGCCGGUGGCGAUCUCGCCGAAUCCUCGAGCGUCGGCAAGCGCGGUCAGGGCUCCAGCGCCAUCUUUGUCGCCCGCAACCGCUUCGCCGUGCUCGACAAGACAGCCCAGACCAUCGAGAUCCGCGACCUUAAUAACGCCGUCACCAAGACCAUCACGCCUCCUCAGCCCACCAACGAGAUCUUCUUUGGCGGCACCGCCAGCCUCAUCCUCAGCACCUCCACCGGUGUCAUUCUCUACGACAUUCAGCAGCAAAAGACGCUCGCCGAGCUCACCAGCCCGCCCGUCAAGUAUGUCGUAUGGAGUGUCGACGGCAGCAUGGUGGCGCUGCUCAGCAAGCACACCAUCACGCUCGCCGACAAGUCGUUCGCAACGAGCAACCUCAUCCACGAGACCAUCCGCAUCAAGAGUGCCGCUUGGGACGAGAGCGGCGUGCUCCUCUACAGCACGCUCAACCACAUCAAGUACGCUUUGCCUCAAGGCGACAACGGGAUCAUCAAGACGCUCGAGCAGCCCGUCUACCUCACCCGUGUCAAGGGCAAGACCGUCUCGUGCCUCGACCGUCUCGCUCGUCCUCAAAACAUCAACAUCGACCCCACCGAGUUCCGCUUCAAGCUGGCCCUUGUGCAGGGCAAGUACGAUGACGUUCUCACCAUCAUCAAGAACAGCAACCUGGUCGGCCAGGCCAUCAUUGCCUUCCUCCAGAAGAAGGGCUACCCAGAGAUUGCGCUUCAUUUCGUUCAAGACAAGAGCACGCGCUUCGACCUCGCCAUCGAGUGUGGCAACCUCGAUGUUGCUUUGGAGACUGCCGAGUCGCUCAACGUCGACGAGGUAUGGGACCGACUCGCCACCGCCGCGCUCCGUCAGGGCAACCACAAGAUCGUCGAGCGUUCCUAUCAGCGAACCAAGAGCUUUGACAAGCUCAGCUUCCUUUACCUGAUUACGGGCAACACGGAUAAGCUCGCCAAGAUGUCGGUUAUCGCCGACAAGCGAGGCGACCACCUCAGCCGCUUCCACAAUGCGCUUUACCUCGGCAAUGCUGAAGCGCGCAGCAGUGUGCUCUCCGAUGUUGGCCUGCCUGCGCUGGCCUACGCUGCAGCCAAGUCCAACGGGCUUGACGACCGCGCUGCUGCCAUUGCUUCGCAGGCCGGCAUGGAGAACGAAGCGGCAGAGGUGGACCGUCAACUCGACUUGGGCGAGGGCACCUCCAAGCUGGUUCCUCCCACAGCUGUCUCGCAGGCACACCUCCACAACUGGCCCAUCUUGAGCAGCGAGCAGAGCUACUUUGACCGUGCUCUUGUAGCCGGCAACAACGGUGGCCCCAUCUUCAAGGACAACGCUCUCAACGGCGCCAAGACGCACGACAUUGAGUCGUGGCUCGACGGCGAGGCCUUGGAGGAAUCGGAAGACGAGGACCACGAGGGUUUCGACGCCGAGCCCGAGGACUUUGGCGAAGCGGAAGAAGCGUGGGACCUGGCCGGGGAAGAGGUCGCACUGCCCGAGGACGAGGCGGCCGUCGUGGCGCCCCUCGAAGAGAAGCCGCUCGAAGGACUGGGCGCUGGCAGUUCCGAGGCCGAACACUGGCUGCGCAACUCGCCAGUCGCUGCCGACCAUGCCGCAGCAGGAUCGUUCGAAACAGCCAUGACGUUGCUUUCGCGGCAAGCGGGCAUUGUCGAUUUUGCGCCUCUCAAGGCAUUGUUCCUCUCGUCGUACUUGGCCUCGCGCAGCUUCCUACCUGCUGCGCCGAGUGCGGGUCCCAUCGAGGUGCAUCUGCGACGCAACAACGAGGAGAGCGAUGGCAAGGUGACCAAGGCGCACCCGGCGUCGCCUCGUUCCGUCAAGCUGCUGGCCUCGGGCGACUUGCAAGAAGGCUACCGCGCCGUCAGCGCCAACAAGCUUGCCGAAGCCGAGACCAUCUUCCGUCGCCUGCUGCACCAGCUCGUGCUGACGCCGGCUGCUACGGAAGCCGAAGCCACCGAGAUCCAGGACUUGGUCGUGCUCUGCCGAGAGUAUAUCCUGGGUAUCUCCAUCGAGCUUGGCCGUCGUAAGCUUGUCGUCGCCGAGCCGGACAAUGUGGCACGCAACCUUGAGCUUGCUGCGUUGUUUACGCGCACCCAGCUCCAGCCGCAGCAUCAGACAUUGGCGCUGCGCAGCGCCAUGACCGAGGCUCGCAAAGUCAACAACUAUGCCAUGGCGGCCAGCUUUGCCAAGCGUCUGAUGGACCUUUCCCCCGCUCCCGCCGUGGCCCAAAAGGCACAGCAGAUCAUCUCGUUGGCGGAGCGCAGCCCGCGCGAUGCGGUCGACGUGCCCGGCUACGAUCCUCUCGAGCAGACGUUUGUCAUUUGCGCCGCCUCGCACCGUCUCAUCACGGCUGCAGGCGCUGGCUCGGUCUCGGAUCCGCUGACGGGGGCUCGCUACCUUCCCGAGUUCAAGGGCACGCUUUGCAAGAUCACCCACAUCUCGGAGGUCGGUAAGCUCGCUUCGGGUUUGCGCAGCUUUGCCGCGUAG